AUGUAUCAUUUUCUUGAAGUCUUUAUCGAAAACUUCGCGAUUUAUGCAUCAGUCCUAUAUGAACUGAGGGAGGCAGAUUUCCAUGAAAUGAGUCGCACGGAUCAAAUGGAUCCAGUUCUACUUGGCACUGGGAACAAUAGCGAUUCAAAUCAAGAUGGUAACAUCCGCGAUCCGAGUCGCGAUGAAUACAUCCACGAUCCGAGUCGCGAUGAAUGCAUCCACGAUCCGAGUCGCGAUGAAUACAUCCACGAUCCGAGUCGCGAUGAAUACAUCCACGAUCCGAAACCAAAUGGGUACAUCCGCGGUCCGGAGCCAAAUGGGUACAUCCGCGAUCCGGACCCCAAGACAGGACGAGUGUGA